AGGGUGUCCUAGCCCAGCCCCUCGCUUUCCCGGGAGCGGAGACGAGGUGCUGACGUGCUGGGGGGUCUCACGGGGCCUUAAUCACCCACGAGUCGGAGACUUCCAGGUCUGCUGGAGGGGCCGCCCCCGAAGUGCGAGAUGCAGGCAGGGAAGAUGGGGACCGGGGACUUGAACCUGGGUCCUGGAGCAUGGUAAUGAGUACAGCUUACCAGGAGCAGCACCGCCUGGCCCCCGUCCCAUCUAUUUUUCUAAGACCACUGAGCCUGGCGGGCUGGUAGGUGGGAAGAGACAAGCAUUGAAUCCCGGGAGAUGUGGAGCUCCUGGUCUUUCUGAGCUGUCUUCCCGGGGCAGAUGAGGGCCGUGAGCACGGAGCAGGGUUUGUGCAGAGCUCCCAGCCCUGAGUCACCCAGACCAUGCUGCUCGCCUCCUCUGCAAAGCUGGCUUCCCAUCAGCCUGUUCUCUACUCCUAUUUCCGAAGCUCCUGCUCCUGGAGGGUCCGAAUUGCACUGGCCUUGAAGGGCAUCGACUAUGACACAGCACCCGUCAACCUCAUCAAGGAUGGGGGGCAGCAGUUCUCCGACGAGUUCCAGGCGCUGAACCCCAUGAAGCAGGUGCCAGCCCUAAAGAUCGAUGGCAUGACCAUUGGCCAGUCGCUAGCCAUCAUCGAGUACCUGGAGGAGACCCGGCCCACCCCCCGCCUGCUGCCCCAGGACCCCAAGAAGAGGGCCCUCGUGCGCAUGAUCUCAGACCUCAUCGCCGGAGGCAUCCAGCCCCUGCAGAACCUCUCAGUCCUCAGGCAAGUGGAGGAGCAGCAGCGGCUGGCCUGGGCCCAGAAGGCCAUCAGCUCCGGCUUCAACGCUCUGGAGGCCAUCCUGAGGGGCACAGCUGGCAAGUACUGCGUGGGAGACGAGGUGACCAUGGCUGACUUGUGCUUAGUGCCUCAGGUGGCAAAUGCUGACAGGUUCAAGGUGGACGUCUCCCCUUACCCCAUCAUCAGUCGCAUCAACAGGUCCCUGCUGGCCUUGGAUGCCUUCCAAGUAUCGCACCCCGGCCGGCAGCCCGACACCCCCCCUGAGAUGAGAGCCUGAGCCAGGGCAGGAAAUGAGAAGCUCACCCUGAGCCCAACUGCCUCCCCUCUGGGCCUCUGUCCAGCUGUCCAGCUGUCCAGGCAGGGCACGGGGGCUGUGACCUGCGAGUCCUGGGGUGACCUGAGAAAGCAGACCGGUACCUGGCCACUGUCCCAAGUGAGCCCUGAAGGGGCCCAAGUGCUGUACCCCUGGCCUCCCACUCCCACUGACACCCCACCAUUAAAUGUAACCCAGCCUCCAGGC